UGUUUCUUUUUCUUUUUUUUCUUUUACUUUAAUUUGCUGCAAGUUUUGUUCCCAGUCUGUCAGUGGGAAGUUUCCCCUAGAGGUGGGCGCAGAUUGCUCAGAGUCUUCCCCAGGCGGGUGGUCGGACAAAGGGGCUGCACUGGGGCGAGGGUUUAAUCUGUAGGAAUGUGACCUUGCUGUGACCUUGCAGCAGACGCAGAGAAUCGCACACAGUCGCAGCAGGGAGGGGAGUCGCGGGUGGCAGUCUCAGUGUCUCAGCCAUGCCUGUGGGUGACACAGCUCCCAAGCACCCAGCUCAUUCCCGGCUCAUCAUGACUAUGGGAGACUGACGCCGCCUGCGAUUUUAUCCGCUCAUUCUGCGUCGCCGCCGGUGUGUAGAGUCGUCGCGGGUCUCUCAGAGGAUUUACAAUGGGGCUGCCGACCCUGGAGUUCAGCGAUUCUUACCUGGACAGCCCAGACUUUCGGGAGAGGCUGAAAUGCCACGAGAUCGAGUUGGAUCGGACCAAUAAGUUCAUUAAGGAGCUGAUCAAGGACGGGAACAUGCUGAUCGCAUCGCUCAGAAAUUUGUCUAUGGCCGUGCAGAAGUUCUCCCAUUCGCUGCAAGACUUCCAGUUUGAAUGUAUUGGGGAUGCAGAAACGGAUGAUGAAAUCAAUAUUGCUCAGUCACUGAAGGAAUUUGCCCGCCUGCUGAUAACAGUGGAAGAAGAAAGAAGGAGGCUGAUCCAGAAUGCCAACGAUGUUCUAAUAUUGCCACUUGAAAAGUUUCGGAAGGAACAGAUAGGUGCAGCCAAAGAAGGAAAGAAGAAGUUUGAUAAGGAGAGCGAGAAAUAUUACUCUAUUCUUGAGAAGCACUUGAACUUGUCUUCAAAGAAGAAAGAAUCUCUUCUACAGGAGGCCGAUACGCUGAUAGACAGGGAUCAUCAGAACUUCUCAGAUGCGUCGCUGGAAUAUAUAUUCAAAGUUCAAGAGGUUCAGGAAAAGAAGAAGUUUGAGUUUGUUGAGCCUCUCCUGGCGUUCCUCCAAGGCCUCUUUACCUUUUACCAUGAGGGAUACGAGCUGGCUCGAGAAUUUACGCCGUACAAGGAGCAGCUGCAGUUCAAUUUACAGAACACGCGGAAUAACUUUGAAAGCACUCGGCAGGAGAUGGAGCAGUUAAUGCAGAGGAUGAAAUCUGCAGACCAAGAUUACAGACCACCGAGUCAAUGGACAAUGGAAGGUUAUCUGUACGUACAGGAGAAAAGGCCCCUUGGGUUCACGUGGAUUCGGCACUACUGCACGUAUGACAAAGGCAGCAAAACAUUUACUAUGAGCGUCUCUGAAACCAAAUCUGGAGGAAAGGUGAACGGACUGAUUUCUAACUCUGCAGAAAUGUUUAAACUGAAAACCUGCAUUCGUAGGAAAACGGAUUCCAUAGACAAGCGGUUCUGUUUUGACAUUGAAGUCAUUGAGAGGCAAGGGAUCAUUACUCUUCAAGCUUUGUCUGAGGUCAAUCGCAAGCAAUGGCUGGAAGCAAUGGACGGAAAAGAACCAAUUUAUACACUUCCGGCAAUAAUCGGCAAGAAAGAAGAAAUGUUUCUGAAUGAAGCUGGAUUCAACUUUGUGAGGAAAUGUAUCCACUCCGUGGAGACUCGAGGUAUCACUAUUUUGGGACUUUACAGAAUUGGAGGUGUUAACUCGAAAGUGCAGAAGUUCAUGAACUCAGUGUUCUCGCCAAGAGCCCCUCUAGAUAUGGAUAUUGACUUGGACCUGUGGGAUAAUAAAACCAUAACGAGUGCACUAAAGAACUACCUCAGAUGUCUUUCUGAACCUCUGAUGACCUACAAGUUGCACAAGGACUUUAUACUUGCAGUCAAAUCAGAUGAUCAGAACUACAGGGUACAAGCCGUCCAUGCCCUUGUCCACAAAUUGCCUGAAAAAAGCCGUGAGAUGCUGGACAUCUUAAUCAAGCACCUUGUCAAUGUAUCGAUGCACAGCCAACAAAACCUGAUGACCAUCUCUAAUCUUGGAGUCAUCUUUGGGCCAACUUUGAUGAGAGCACAAGAAGAAACCGUAGCAGCAAUGAUGAACAUCAAAUUCCAGAAUAUAGUGGUGGAAAUUCUAAUUGAGCACUAUGAAAAGAUAUUUCACACUGCACCAGAUCCCAAUGUCCCACUUCCACAGGCACAGCCACGAUCUAGUUCCAGAAGAUCUAGAGCGAUCUGCCUCUCGACUGGACCAAAAAAACCCAAGGGAAGAUAUAGACCUUGCUUGGCCGAUCAUGACAGUGAUUCCUACAGCAGCAGCCCAUCCAGCACACCCAUGGGAAGCAUUGAAUCCCUUUCCUCCCAUUCUUCAGAGCAAAACAGCACAACAAAAUCAGUAUCAUUGCCACAAAGGGACAAGAAGGGCGGCGGGAUUCCAUGGGUGACCUCUACACCCUCAUCGAAUGGCCAGAAAGGUUCUAGCCUUUGGACUACAAGCCCUGAGUCAAGUUCCAAAGAAGAUACAAAAACAGAUGUUGAGUCAGAUUGUCAGAGUGUUUCUUCUGUCACCAGCCCUGGAAAUGUCUCUCCUCCCAUUGACCUGACCAAGAAAAAUCUUUAUGGAGUGUCGGGGCUUAAACGUUCCACAGCACCCUCCCUUCGAUCCUUAUCUUCUAUUGAAGCUAUUGGCAUAAAAAGUCGAAGUCCAUCAUCACAGAGUUUGACCUCCCUGGACCUGCAGGAUGUUCCGAAGGUUCAUCCAGAGCUGCCUCCAAAAAUCAUGAGAAGACGACUGGACACUGGUUCAAGCAAUGGCUACCAAAGGCCAGGAUCAGUAGUGGCAGCAAGGGCUCAACUGUUUGAAAACGCCGGAUCCCUAAACCAAUCAGCUCCUGGCCGCCAAGCUAAAGCCAUGUAUUCCUGCAAAGCAGAGCACAGCCAUGAGCUUUCCUUCCCCCAGGGGGCGCUGUUUACUAAUGUUCAUCGAUCUGUGGAGCCGGGCUGGCUGAAAGCCACCUAUGAAGGCAAAACGGGAUUAAUUCCAGAAAACUAUGUCGUCUACCUGUAACAAUGCCCGAGGCAUCCAUAUUUUCAUGGUAUCCAUGGUGACUUAUGAAAAACGACAUUUUUAUCUGACACAGAUAUAGCGAUCAACCCAACCGCAGAGCUCCGACGGCGACUUAUGGCUUCCAUUGGGACACUUUGUGCAAGUGAAAGACUGAGACGUAUGGGCAGCAGUUACAUGUAGAUAUGGGCACCGUGGUGUGGCCUGUAUAAUAGCCCAUGACUUGUAUAAAGUGGUACAGAUUGUAAGUUUUAUAUAAAUAUUACUACUAAUUGACUCAUAUUAUAUAUAAAUGUAUAAAGAUACAGACACAGAAGAUACUUCUCUGCUCACGAUGGAAUGUAAUCAUGCUAUUAAUAAACAGGCAAUGGUAUAAAGAACAGGAGAGAAUCGGUUGGGUUUGGAUGAGCGGCACUUAGGAAGAGUUGCACGGUAUUCACAGGUACGAUUUAUAUACUGUAGGCACGACGACUACACCACUUAGAACUCUUGGCUAAGGCAGUUCUGUUUUACCUGUCUAUUUAAAUGAAAUUACAGAAUAACCAUAGAACCCUGAACAGGCCCCUCCCCAACUUCAUCUAGCAAGACCCUAAGGGGGUUAUUUACUAAACUCCGACUGUAAAAAUCACGAAAAAAUUUUGUUUUUUUUUUAAUAAAAUCGGACUUUUAAAAAAUCACAAAUUGUUCGGACUUUAUUAAACGCUGAGGAUGUGAAAGUCCGAAUCUGAAGAUCCGGCAUCUCAGACCUGUCGGGGUUGCAUAUAAGUCAAUGGGAGAAGUCUCAAUGAUGUGCGCUGAGUUUCGUGC